AUGAAGGAGCCCAGCUCUGAGCCCAGCUCUGAGCCCAGCUCUGAGCCCAGCUCUGAGCCCAGCUCUGAGCCCAGCUCUGAGCCCAGCUCUGAGCCCAGCUCUGAGCCCAGCUCUGAGCCCAGCUCUGAGCCCAGCUCUGAGCCCAGCUCUGUUUAUGGACUCUUCCGCAGACAGUGCUGCUGCAGGGAGAAUAGAGUCCAUCCAAGUCCAUCAGACCCAAGCUUCUUCAGAAAGAUGCAGAAGAAGCUGAGCUUGGCCUUCAUGAGAUACAAGAUAAACCCAGAGCCUAGCGUGAGGAUGAUGUCACAUGAUGCCAGCGACAUGUUGGCGGCGGCUCUGGAGCAGAUGGAUGGGAUUAUAGCAGGUACAGGAAAUGGCUCCAAGGCCCUGGAUUAUUCCAAUGGGAUGCUGGAGUGUCAGUCCCCCUCGUCCCCGUUCAUGGGCAGCCUCCGCGCUCUGCACCUGCUGGAGGAUCUACACAACGUCCUGGACCUGAUGGAGACCGACGAGAGACUGAGUCUGAGAGGCCUGGUUCCAGACCGGACCGCCCUGAGCCUGCAGGACUGGCUCCAGGGACACACGUCGAACGGACACUUGUCUCUGAGCGGAGACCAUCAGGAACGACUCAUGAGACUGGAAACGGACAAGGAGUCUCUGGUCCUGCAGGUGAGUGUGUUGACGGACCAGGUGGAGGCUCAGGGGGAGAAGAUCCGAGACCUUGACGUGUGUUUGGACGAACACAGAGACAAACUCAACGCCACUGAAGAAAUGCUGCAGCAGGAGCUCCUGUGCAGGACGGAGCUGGAAACUCAGAAGUUAGAGCUGAUCUCUGAAGUGUCUAACCUCAAACUCAAGUUGAACUCUAUAGAAAAGAAGCGUCUGGACCUGGACCAUAGAUUCAGCGACAGUGAGGAUUUAAUUCUGGAGAUCCACGAGCUGCGGUUCAGAAUCUCUGACCUGGAAAAUGAAAAGCUGCAGUUUGAGAAGAAACUGAAGUCCACAAAAGAGGAGCUGGUGAGUCUGCGGCGGCAGCUCGAGGGAAAGGACGUGGAGAUGAGGAGGCUCCAGGACCAGAGCGGCCCCGAGUCUGUGGUGGAGAGAGUUUUUCCUGCAGAUGAAACUCUUAGAAAGAGGCUGAAGGAGAAACAUGUGGAGGUGCAGAGGAUGAAGAAGGCGGUGGAGUCACUGAUGGCAGCCAAUGAGGAAAAGGAUCGUAAGAUUGAGGAGCUGAAGCAGUCUUUGCAGCGGUAUAAGAAAGUGCAGGAGAUGGUGAUGUCGGUCCAAGAGAAGAAAGAGAAAUCCAUGGAGGCUUUUGUCCACACUUCCCUCGGCUCCUUCUUGUCCCAGGGUUUGUGUUUGGAACCAGAGGAGGCGCAGCCGAGCACUGAGGAGGAGGACAGGAUUCAUGUGGAGUCCUCCCCCAGCCCCUCCCCCUCGGACAUCGAGCCGGUGUCCGAGUGCUCCCCCACAGACGGACAGAGCGCCCAAGAAUUGAGCAGAUGCAGCAGCCAGGAGCAACUGGACAAGAUCAACAAUGAAAAGAACUCGAGUGAGGAGAACAGGAAGCAUGGAGGCAGGCCGCCGCUUGGUCCCUCGUCCACGCUCCCCUCGUCCACGCUUCCCGCCUCUAUCCAGGACGACAGCUUCGGCUCCAGGAAAGCUCGCUCCUCGUUUGGAAAAGGGUUCUUCAAGAUCCGCGGCGGGAAGAAGACCAGCAGCACCCCGAACCUCGACCGCAGCCUGAGUGCGAGUGCGCCGCAGCUAGCGGAGACAGAGAGACCCCCCGCGGACCACCUGGACCUGGCCGGCCUCCCACAGAGCUCCAGCACCACGGACAGCACUCACACUCUGUCCACCAAGAAACCAAAAGGCAUCACCAAACUGUUCGGAAAGCUGAAGAGGAGCCGCUCCACCACCUUCAACCUGGACGACAACCUUUCUGAGGGAGAGUUUAAGCGUGGUGGCGUGCGGGCUACGGCGGGACCACGGCUGGGCUGGUCACGUGACCUACAGCAGAGCAACAACAGUGAAGUGGACGCCCCCUUCGCGCGCUGGUCCAAGGAGCAGGUCUGUGAUUGGCUGCAGGAGCAGGGCCUCGGUCUCUAUGGAAACAUGGCCCGAGUCUGGAUCUCCUCUGGACAAACUCUACUGCAGGCGUCACAGCACGAUCUGGAAAAGGAGCUGGGGAUCAAGCAGCCGCUGCACAGGAAGAAGCUGCAGCUGGCUCUUCAGUCCCUAGGGUCAGAGGAGGAGGACGCACAGGGACGGCUGGAUUACCACUGGGUCACACGAUGGUUGGACGACAUUGGACUUCCACAGUAUAAAACUCAGUUUGAUGAAGCGCGAGUGGACGGACGGAUGCUGCACUACAUGACUGUGGACGACCUCCUCUCUCUGAAAGUGGGCAGUGUCCUUCAUCAUCUCAGCAUCAAACGAGCCGUUCAGGUCCUUCGCCUCAACAACUACAGACCCAACUGUCUCCGCCGCCGCCCGUCUGACGAGAACAAUGUGACCCCGGCGGAGGUGUCCCAGUGGACUAACCACAGAGUGAUGGAGUGGCUGCGCUCCGUGGAUCUGGCAGAAUAUGCUCCAAACCUCAGAGGCAGCGGGGUCCACGGGGGCCUCAUGGUCCUGGAGCCGCGCUUUAACGUGGAGACCAUGGCGUUGCUGCUGAACAUUCCUCCGAACAAGACGCUGCUGCGGCGCCACCUGGUGACACACUUCAGUCUGCUCAUAGGGACUGAGGCACAGACACACAAACAGGACUGUGUGGAACACCCUGACUACACACUGCUCACCGCAACCAGCAGAGUCAAGCCCAGGAAGUUGUCAUUCGGCUUCAGUAAAAAGAAGAAGUCUGAGGAGAGCGAGGAGUACGUUUGUCCCAUGGACCUGGAGACGCCGAAGGGGCGGAGCUUCCAGAAGGACUUCCAGAUCUACGAGGACGAUCUGGACCGACUGCAGCAGAUGGACGACUCUGAAGGCACCGUGCGACAGAUCGGAGCUUUCUCAGAAGAAAUCCAGAAUCUAACGAGCAUGUUAAAGGAGGAUCAGUUUUUCCCUGAAGCCGCAGCUGUCCUGAGUCUGACGGACGAUGCAUGA